AUGACCUCCACCCCCACCAUUUCCAUAAACUCCCCUCCAACCUCCUCCCGACCCUCUCUAGACUCCUCAGUCGCCCACUCCCGCCUCUCCUCCGACUCCCUCCACUCCCUCGCCUCACUCCCAUCCCACGCGAGCACACCGCUAGCCGGGAACUCGAUCCGCCAACCCCCCGGCGGCGCAACCCAACGUCGCAACCGCUCUGCACUCCGAGAAUUCUAUGGUUUAAAACGACGGGACGAAGAGUCGCCUAAUCCCGGUGCUGUUACUCCUUCAUCCAUUCCUGGAGAUUUAGGCGACGGAGAUGGAUUAGGCAUUGGAAGUAGCACUACUACAGUGAAUACUAUUGCUGGGGAUAGUUAUUCUACACUUCUUCCCGCUUCGGAGCUAGACGGACCUGGGUUUGAUGCUAAGGGGUGUGUGGAUAGACUUGUGGGGUCGCAGGGAGUCAAGGCGUUAUUAAAAGUUGAGAAUGGGUUGGUUCAUGAUAUUAGAGGGUUUGAUGGGGAGAGGAAGAGUUUGGUUUAUGAUAAUUAUAAUAAGUUGAUUGCUGCUACUGAUACUAUCCGUAGUAUGAGAUCGAAUAUGGAACCACUCUCGCCAGCUACUACGACACUAUUACCCGCAAUAUCGCAUAUAGCAUCUGUUUCUUCAUCACUUGUGGAAAAUGUACACGCUCAUGAUCCCUCGACUACACCGGAAGCGAUGAGGAAGGAACGGUUGAGGAAGAAGCAGGAGGCGGUGAGGUAUAUCAUGGAAGCACCUGAGAGGAUGGAGAAACUUGUGAAGGAUGGGAGGAAAGAAGAAGCUGUGAAAGAGUGGGAAGUCGUUAAGGGGUAUGUGAAAAGGUGGAAGGGAGUGGAUGGGGAGGUUAAGGGGCUGUUAGAAAGGGGAGAAGAGGUGUUAAGUAGUAGGUGA